CGGCUCCCAGCCGCCACAACGAACCACUGCCGGGGUCUACUAAACCCUUUAAAUUUAACACCUCCACCAAAAUUUUAGUAAUCAAAUAUCAUAAAUUAAAAUGGAUCAAUUAAUUAUACUAGUGGCGGCUGUGCACUUGUUGUACUGUCCAUUCACCAAAGUGGAGGAAUCAUUCAAUCUUCAAGCUAUGCACGACAUACUGUAUCAUGGCUAUAACCUGACCGAGUAUGACCAUCAUGAAUUCCCUGGAGUUGUCCCAAGAACAUUUCUUGGCCCCCUCCUGAUAUCUGGACUAUCAUCACCUCUUGUUGCUGCUAUUACGCAUUUUAGUUUCAACAAAUUCUGCGCUCAAUACAUAGUCAGAGCGGUCUUAGGAAUGACUGUUAUCGCAGCGCUCCGGUUAUAUCGACAAGCGCUUGAGAAGAUAUUUGGGGUGCAAUUCACAAAAUGGUUCGUUGUAAUUACAGUGACACAGUUCCAUUUCAUGUAUUAUUUGAGCAGGCCUCUGCCAAAUAUAAUGGCAAUGCCCCUAGUUUUAUUGGCCUUAUAUGGGUGGUUGAAACAGAACCACAUGAUCUUCAUAUGGUCAUCGGCAGCAGCAAUAAUAAUAUUUCGUGCUGAAUUGUCGAUGCUUUUGGGAUUAUUUCUGUUAUAUGAUAUAGGCUACCAGAAACUCUCUGUGCCAAGAUUAUUCAAAAUUGCAGUCCCUGCUGGAAUUUUCUUCUUAGCACUUACGAUAGGAGUGGAUUCCAUAUUUUGGAGGAGAAUUUUGUGGCCAGAGGGAGACGUUUUUUAUUUCAAUACGGUGCUCAACAAAAGUAGUCAGUGGGGUACAUUGCCAUUCUUUUGGUACUUCUAUUCGGCUCUGCCCCGGGGUCUGGGUUUCUCCAGCCUGCUCGUCCCUCUCGGAAUGCUCUGGGACGCCCGAGUGCGUGCCCUAGCAGUCCCUGCAGUGAUCUUCGUCCUCCUCUUCUCCUUCCUCCCGCACAAGGAGCUCCGCUUCAUCAUCUACGUAUUCCCCCUCCUCAACAUUGCCGCCGCCUCCGUCUGUCACAGAAUCUGGCAGAACCGAGCAAAAUCCACUCUCUGGGCUAUACUCUCCCUGGGCAUCAUAGCGCACCUCAUUCUCAACGCCAUAGGAUCGAUGUUCUUUCUCUGCGUUGCAGGCUCCAAUUAUCCAGGGGGAAUGGCCAUCAUGAGGCUCCAUAGACUCGAAAGAGACACCAAAACCCCACUGAAUGUCCACAUCGACGUUCUAACUGCUCAGACUGGAGUCUCCAGGUUUACUCAGCUGAAUCCAAAGUGGAGUUACUCGAAAGUAGAAAACAUCAGUUAUGACGAUCCAGAGGCCCUUCAGCAGUUCACGCAUCUGUUGAUGGAAGCCAAGAGUAAAUACUCACCUAAUAUAAAGCCUUAUCUCAGAACUCAUGAUAUUCUUGAUGCUAUCGAUGGAUUCUCUCAUAUAGCUCUCAAUUAUAAUAUGAUUCCUCCGGUUAAAAUCAAGACGAAACCGACUAUUUUUAUUAUGAAACGAAAAUCAAUUGUUGGUGGAGGGAAAGAGAGGUUCAAAGAAUUUGGAAUGGUUCCUGAGGAGAUUAAGGGGUUUCAGGAGAAAAAUGAUGAGGACGAAGAGGUGGUGGAAGACAUAGAAGAGAUAGAGGAGAAAAAAGUGAAUUAUUUUGAAGAAGAGGGAGUGGAGGAGGAAAAAAUUCUUUCUGCUGGAGAAGUAUUGGAUUCGAUUCAAGGGGAGUCUUCGGGAGAGAGUAAAGAGGUUGAUGGUCAACAGACGACUGAAGACUCCAUUAUUAAUGAGUCCAUUCAACAAGAAGAACAUAACAUAGUAGUUGAUAAAUUGCAGAUGAAAGCUCCUGCAGCUUUAAAACUCGAUGAUAAAUCGAAAAAACAACCUGAAAUUAUUGACAAGAAAAAUAAUAAAGUAGAAAUGCGAUUGCUUGAAGCGAAAUUGGAGGAAAUUCAAAGGGACAUUAAUGAGAGACGAAAAAUGGAAGUGGAGAAAAAUGUGAAAAUUCAGAGAAAAAUUCGUAAAAAAUCUGAAGACAUCCCAGAUUCAACUGUGGAAAUCGAAGAGAAAAUAAAAGUCGAGAGAAGGAUUCCGAAAAGAUCUGAGCCAAUUCUAGACAGAAUGGAAGUGAUUAAAAACUCGUCAGAGGUCGAAGUUAAACCUUCAAAACACGAGAGAAUAAUUCAGAAAAAAAUAGAGCAGGUUUCCACUGAGUCUCCUGAACCUGUCAAGGAGGAUAACGGGCUCAAGGUAGCAAUCAGAAAAUUAAUUCUAACAAAGAAAGAAGAAUUAGAGGCAAAACAAGAAGUGCAAUUUCAAACCCUUGAAGAUUCUCUAAAAAUUGAGCCAAAAAUGAAACGAAAAAUUGUAGAUAGUGUUGCGAAAACAUCAUUGCCAGUCAUCAGGAAAGAAUCGGAAGAGCUCCACACGAAGCAACAACCGAAGAAAUCUACCGGAAUGAAAAUAGCAACUGUGAAGGAUAGUAUAAGAAAUAUAAUAAAUCAGUUCAAAGAGUUCGAGAAGGAUUUGGCGUCUGAGGACCCUGAGUCGAUGAAGAAGUGGUCGUCCGCGGAGUCAGCAGCUGCUUCUACUCUCGAUUCGGCCGAGGGGGUUGAUCAAAUAGGAGCUGUCUCCCUCGAAGCCAAUUUCCAUGAAGUCGAUAAGUUGAUUGUCGAAACUGACGAUCCGAUAGUUCUUAAUGAUGCCAAAAAGUGUCUCAAGGAGAUUAUUGACCAGUUCAGGAUUCUUAGGAGUGAACUAUCGAUUGAAGCUGAUGAUAUGUUCGAGGAGAUAGCUGAAAAAUUCAUGGAGAGACCCAUUUCCGAGACUCUGAUGUACUUCAGUGAAGCUCUGAGGGAUUUGAUGGAGAAGAGGAAGGAGAAAGUGAGGAGAAUCGAUGGGAGCUGGAAGAAAAAUUCGGGGAAUGGGGAGAGGAAGAACAUUGCGAUGAGGAGGCAGAGGGGGCAAGAUGGAAACAGUGAUUUAUAAGAGUUCUUAGACAGAUGGUCGGUUUUCUGUUUUUUUUUCUUUUCAGUGAAAAAGCCUAAAAGUUUUCAACACAAGAGUGGAUUUACACACGUCGUGUUGUCGUAGGGUUUUUGAUACUCGUCACGAAGGGCUUUUAAACCUCCCGCAAGUGUAACGAACCUUAGACGCGUUUGAAAGCGACUAUUUUUAUUGCCUAUUGGAGAGGAAAAACUAGAGUAGCAUUUUUUUAUUCAUUCCUAAAAUGAUUUUUCAGUUGAAGAGAAUUUUUAUUAAUUGAAGAGUUAUUCAUGAAGUGAAUAAUUUGCGAAAAAAUGCCGUAAUAAAUUUGGUAUAAGAAAAAUAAUUUUAAUGAAAACAAUGAAAAUCAUCCUCAUUUUCUAUUUUUUUUCGCCCAUUAAGAAACUCUUAUGACUAUUUCUCCUAGGAUCGCUGGUCACCGAGAUGAUUCAACAAUUAAUGAUUGACUAUGCAGGCAUGAAUGACCUUUUUUCUUAAGAAUUUCAUUGUUCACUCAGAAACUUUUACAAUCUUCUGAUUUUUCUACUCAAUCAACUGUUGUUAUUAAAUAAAAAACAUCAGAAAUUGAUGAUUAUUUAGUUUUUCCUCUCCAAUACAACUGAAUAAAUAGGUACGUUGCAUGCUGUGAUAUGAACACAAGGCUACAAAUUACAUUGAAUGGUUGAGAGGAACCAACACACGUUCUACACUGGACUUUUGCAUUUAGAUACAGAGUUGAUGUUUCAUGUGCUCAAAUGAUUCCUUUUUCCAAGGAAUCGAGUAACGAGUUGCUAGGAUAGGUGGAAUGUUCACAUGUGCCUUAUUGAAUCUUCCUGAAGAAAUUUUAUUAUGGACUACAAAGUGUAUGAUUUAUGAUAAAUAGAAGUGAAUGAAAUGUAUGUGAAAAAUAUAUUAUUGUUGUUGUUGAA